GGCUGGGUGGAGACAUUUGCAAAAAAGCUAAGGAAGGGAUUUUCCAACAACAAGAUGGCGUUGGUAUUUCGUGAAAGAAAGAUACGAAAAAUGGACUUGCUUGAAAUGAACGAGCUAUUGGAGGUGAUAGACGGACUCCAGCGUUCAAACUUCCCUCCUAAGAAAUGGUUUGAUCUUGGCCUUACGGUUGGGCUGCUCUUACAAACGCUGGAGACUAUAGAGUCGGACAACAGGGGCAACCCUCAUCUCUGCCUCCGAGCUUGUCUCAGCAAGUGGCUUGCACGUGUUGAUAACGUUAGCAGAGUCGGUCAGCCAACUUUUGAAGCUUUGGGUGAAGCACUCUGUAGAAUUGGACUGGAAGAUGUAUCGGAAAAGGUUCUGAAAAUCCUUGAUCCAGGAAUGCAUUAUUUUCAAAAAUAUGUCGAGAGUCAGCUACAAAUCUCGGAGGACACCCUCUACAUGCUCUACACUGAAGGACUCAUAACAAAGAAAGAGAUAGCGCAAGUAGAGAAGAAAGGGUUUCAUCUCAUCGAUGAGCCUUUGAAGGCCCUCUCCGAUAAAAUUGCUGAUGAUAAAGAGAAGCUCAUUGCAUUUGCUAAUAUCCUGCUGAUCUCAAAGACUCCUAGAGAAUCACAAGACUUUGCACUGGAACUGCUCAGGGACUAUGGUUAUUUUAUACCAGAACCAGAACCAGAGGCUGAAACUGAGACUGAUAUCAGCCCUGAGACUGAUACCAGACCUGAGACUGAUACUGCGCCUGAUACUGAUACCACCAGGCCUGAGACUGAUACUGCACCUGAGACUGAUACCACCAGGCCUGAGACUGAUACUGCACCUGAGACCGAGCCUGUUCCUGAUGAAGCAGCAGCUAUUCCUCCCCAGCCUCCUCUUCCAAUUUCUCCUUCGUCUUCUCCCCCUCGUCCUCUCUCCUCCUCUUCAUCAACACACAAUACACCUCCUACAACACCAACUGAAGAAACACCCCCGGCAAAUGAACAACCACUGGAACCAGCUCCUCCUCCACUCACUUAUGAGGACAUGAAAACCAAACUGUCCACUUUGCUUGACAAGUUGUUCCCGAUAAUAGUGAACAAGAUCGGUAACUUUGCUGAUUUCCGUCACUACCUCGAUAGGGGGCUACCUGAGCUUAGACCACACCUACCUCCCACCCAAACCUUUGAAGAAGCAACGAAACUCGUCAACCUGCGUACCACGGUCAUACAUGUCGAGGGCUACCGGUCGCUUGUUGAUCGGUUUGAGAUGGAAAAUGGCAAGCCGUUAGUGGACGAGUAUGAAACCGAAAUUGAUCGCUUCUGUUCUCAAACGACACUCGAUUUGGUCCUUGGGAUAAAGUUCUUGCCACUGGUUGUUCUUAAAUGCGAAACAAUCAAAAUAGCCAUGGAGUGGGAGAACUAUCAUGAAAAGACGCUAGACCACGUCCGAGAAUUAAAAAAGACUAUCUUUGGGUCUUUAUACACCCGAAUAACAAUCCGUCAAAUAUAUUGGGACGAGGAAGAAGAGACGAUUGUGAUUCUGCUUCAGUUUCCUCGCUACCUUACGGACUCUAUGCUAGUCACUUCUCAGAGGAAUGUUGAUGAUGUGAAAGAUUUGGGUCUUGCUCAACUGCUGGUCGGUCAUUAUCCGAUUUUUGAUAGAGUCCCUGAUGAUAAGGAAUUGAGAGAGUUGUAUGAAAGGAAGAGAACCGUUCAAAAGGAGGUCAAGAAACUCAAAGUAGCCAUCAAGGAAAAAGAUGAGUUGAUUAAGAAGCAAGAGGAAGAAAUGGAGGAGCUGAAGAAAUCAAUAGAAGAGAAUGAAGAAUACAUUGAGUUAAUGUCAGUACCAGAUGAUGAGCUCCAAGAAAGGAUUGACAAUAAAGAGAAGAUGAUAAAAGCAAUGGAUCACGAGAUAGAGGACUUGAAGAAACAACUGCAAGAAAACCCAGGAGUGGAGGAGGAAUUGGAAAAGGCAGAGAAAGAAGUUGAAGUUUUAAGAACAAAACUGGCAGAGCUUGAGACUCAAAUGCAAGAAAAGCCUCCUUCAGCUUCACUCAAGAAAGAUCAAGAGACCCAGUCAGAUCCAGACAAGGAGCAGAUGACAAUGCUUGAGUCACUCCAGCUCUUCAGAUUCAUGAUGACAGAGCAAAGGAUAGACAUACCAGCCAUCAAAAGGAUACAGACCGACUCCUCUAGCAGCAAUGAGAAAGCUGCAAUGUUCCUCAAGACUGUGGAAGAGAACCCUGAUGUGCUUGCUGCACUGAGAAAGGCAAAGAAGGAUCUGGAUAAAAGUGGAUCAUCUGGUGGUGGUGCUGCUGGGCCUUAACCUUCAUUAACUCAAUGACUUCAUACACAACUUUAUAAUUUUUUUAGCAUGUCAAUUUGUUUGUUUGCUACUUUGUUGGGACUUUUCCUUUUUAGAAAUUGACAAUAAAAAUAACUGUGAUUACUGUAUCAGAUAUGAAAAAAAUUGUCCGCAACAUCAAAGUAUUUCCAGUCGCAGUGCAAGUUAGUAUUGCGAACUGAGUGUUACUGAUACCUGGUUCAUAACAUUACCAGUAUGAAAUUACAAAUUAGUGUAAUACUGAUUUGACAAUUGAUAUUAUAAUGAUAAUAAUAAUAAAUGAGCUUUUGUUUAUAUUAGAUA